AUGUCUUCGUUUGGCAUGCGUUCUAUGGGUCAAAAUUUUGGCAUCAAGAUAUGUUGUUGUCGCGUUUGUACUUGUGUCAAUUUUGGCUUUGCCACAUCAAAAGCGGGUCUUUUGAAACUUUUACAAUUGCUCUUGGCCACACUCUGCGAAAGUUUGCUUAUCAAAUAUGGUUUACCUGAAGCAGAUAGCAUUGGACAGGCGUUAACCAGUUUCCUGACAACAACAGCAUAUUGCUUCACAACUACAAUGAUAUUGCUAAUAUGCUAUUACUUUUCAGAGAAAUCAUUUAGUUUGAUACGACAAUCAUUAUUUGAAAUACUUUUCAAUGCGGUGGCUUGUAGCAUGUAUUUUAGCUCUUGCAGUUAUAUGGGAUUUGCUUGUGUUGUCUGGUUACAUCCACAGUUUCUAAUAAAGCCUGGUUUUUGGGCUUAUCCUGCUAUGACAGCAGCGUAUUACAUGGGCUACGUUGCUGGUAUACUCCAUGGUAUUGAUGCUUAUUUAUCUUACAAACAUUUCAAAGGCUAUUGAUAGAAAGAACUUUGCCAGCAUUCUUAGUUGAAAUUGUUUACAGAAAUAGUGAUUAAUGAGAAGCAA